AAUUAUAUUCCUGCAUGAUAUUUGAAACAACAUGCUUUGAUAUUCUUAAUUUAUAAGUCUUAUUUAGUCAUAUUGACAACUUUGAGAAAUAAUGGCAGCUAAAGUUAUCCCAUGUGGACCUUAUCCAGAAUGUAAUAUGACUUUGAUGUUGUUUUCUAAUGUUUUAAAUGCGGCAGAAGUACGGAAAUGUGUCAUGGGGGGAGAAUUUGAAGCAGCCCUUCUGAAAACGUCAAUGAUUUUAGAACCAUUCCAAGUAAUUGUGGCUGCAAACAGAGCAAUUCAUCUACACAGAAUAAAGAAGAUGAUGACCAAAAAUGUACACUCAGAAGUCUUGUUUAGUCUCUCCCCUAGCAAAAAUAUUUCAGACUCCUUUCGAAAGUUUGGGCUUGCUGACAAUGAGACGUCCAUGUUUGUUGUGAUUGUCAAUGAUACCGAUGGUUCCACUUGUCAAGCAGUCAUCGACCGGGUCAAAGGUCAACUCGCAGAUAUUACUGAUGUGGGAAAAUAUUCAGAUCUACCAACAAUUCAAAAAGUAUACAAAAUUUCUGAGACAGAGCUGUCAGUGUGCAAUGCAGUUGAUGCAGUAGUGUCCAGAAUAUCAAGCAAAGAUAUUGUCACAGUGUGACACUGAUUCAUUGAGUAGAUGCUGGAAUGAAUGAACAUUACAAUGUAUUGAGGAGUUUUUAGACUUCAAUCUUGUUUCUUCAAAUAUUCACAAAGGGAUCUGUAUUUAGGAGCUCUGUGUCCUUAAAAAUGUGACUUUAAUGAAGGUACUGACAACAUUGAGGAAGAAUAAAUUUUUCAGAAUGGAAUUAAGAUUUUUCUUCAAGCUGAACAUCAUUUUAUGAAUAUAAUGUGUUUAUCAUCUAAAACAUGUGUUCAGUUGUAAUAUUAUGUCUAGAGUUGUGUGCAUAUUCCUGCCUUGUAAUGUAUAUUUACAAAUGUUAAAAUUGUCUUGUACCUCUGUCUAGAUUUCAUGGAAAAUAAAAAUAAAAAACCCAUCUAUCAUUCAGUAUUCAAUGUGGUGGUACAGUGUACUGGUAUUAAUAAAUGCAAUUUGAAAAAAAUGUGAUUUUAUCAUAUUUUAAUUA